GAUGUUUCCGCUGUGAUGGCUUGUCAGUCCGCCAAGUCUACGCUACCCGAAGGUGUGGAAGUGAUAGUGUGCGACGACGAUCAGGACGAAGUAGCGAAGGCCAGCGACAGAUCCGCUGACAGGAAUCGGGGUGCUAAACUCCUCAGAAUCGACUACGACAGUGGCGAAGAGCAGGAGGAGGAGGAGGAGGAGGAGUACGGGGAGUAUGAGGAAGAAGAGUAUGAGGAAGAGGAGGAGGUAGAGGAGGAGGAGGAGGAUGACGAUGAUGAUCUCAUUAUGUUUGACAGCAACCCGGAUUCCCGUAAGGCGGAUUCGUCCGUUGCGGCUUCCACUGGAAACACAGGAUUCGCUGGGAGCACGCGUGGAGGAUCAAGUGCACUUGCGGAGGCUUGCACUGUAGCCGCUCGCUCAAGGGCUGAGAUAGAAACUGAUUCGAAGACUGAUUUAGGUUCUCGAUUAGCAACUGAUUUAGGGACGGGUUUCGAGACUGGCUCGCGAAGCGUGUCCAGGCGUGGUUGCGAUCGCGAGGGCUUGGAGGCGACAGCCGGCGACGUCAGCUGUGGGCUGGAUUCAAUUUUAGCUCCGAAUGCUUGCACUGUAGCCAGUCGUUCGGGGACUGGAUUAGGGAUUGAUUUAGGGACUGAUUUAGGAGGCGACUCGCAGCAAGCAGUGGAUCAUAGUCGAUCAGAUAGUCGAGCUGACGCAGCAGCUUAUAAGCAAGGUGACUCUGGAACUCAUGAAGAAGCUUAUAGAGGAGCAGAUGCAGAAGCUUGUAACGAGGAUGCUAGAGAGGUCAGAAUAAAAGCUGAGGUGCAAGCGGAAGCAUGUGCGGCUGCUGAAAGCGAAGCGGGUAGACAGGCGCCUGAACCUGCGCCUGAACCUGCGCCUGAACCUGCUCCUGAACCUGCUGACGCAGAAGUCUCUGCAGAAGGUCGAAACGAGGCACGUGAGGUUGCUGCUAGAGAGGAUACGAUGGAAGUUGAGGAGCAAGCGGAAGCAGAUGGGGUGGCUGAAAGCGAAGCGGCUAGACCAGCGGCUGAACCAGCGGCUGAUGCAGAAGUCUCUGCAGGAGCUCGAAACGAGGGUGCUAGAGAGGGUAAGAUGGAAGCUGAGGAGCAAGCGGAUGCAUGUGCGGCUGCUGACAGCAAAGUGGGUGCGCGAGCAGGUGAACAAGCUGAGCCGAUUGAGCUGCCUGCCACACCAGCAGCAGGAAGCAGCGCAGAUCCAACGGCUAGGAUCUCUCAUCCGGCAGAGGGAGCUGCUAGGAGGAAUCUGCAAUUCCAAGCAGAGGAGCAGCAGGAGGUCUUGAGAUCACGUGAAGCGGAGGAGCAGGAAUCUCUGGAGAGAGGAGCACGCGUGGUCAGUACCGCCUCAGCUUCUGGAAGGUUCGAAAUAUCUGAGAAUCCGGCUGUGAGCUGUGGAGGGCUGGAGAAUGAGGAGAGGGCGAGGGGGGUGGAAAAUGAAGGGAUGAUAAGGGGGGCGGGAAAUGGGGAGAGGACGAGGGGGGUGGUAAGGGGGUUGGAGAAUGAGGAGAGGACGAGGGGGGUAGGAAAUGAGGACAUUAUAAGGGAAGGCACGUUGAGGGAACGAGAUGGCGUUGGUGCGAAUCGUGAAGGUGAUAACAUGGAACGUGACAGUAUCGAUGGUGAUAAAAGUGCUGCUGAUAGGAACGAAGGUGACACCAAUAAUAGAGGAAGGAGUGUAGCCGCUGAUGCUGAUGCUGCUGCUGCUGCUGCUGCUGCUGCUGCUGUUGUAAAUGAUGGUGCUACUGAUGCUGCUGAUUUUGGUGCGGCUGACGUAGGUGCUGAUGCUGUUGCUGCCGAUCUUCUUGCGGCCUAUGGGGAUACAGAUGGAGAGGAGGAGGAAGAGAGUGAGAGGGAGGAGGACAGGGAGGAGGAGGAGAAGGAGGAGGAGGAGAAGGAGGAGGAGGAGAAGGAGGAGGAGAAGGAGGAGGAGAAGGAGGAGAAGGAGGAGAAGGAGGGAGUGGAGGAGAGAGAGGAAAUGGAGGAGGGGUUAGUGGAGGAAGAGGGAGUGGAGGAGAGGGAGGAGGAUGAUGAUCUGGUGUGGGGAGUUGCUGACGACAUGAGGCGGAUGUGGGAGGCUGCUGCUGCUGCCAACGCUGCUGCCCUGCGUGCUGCCAUUGCGGGUUCUGCUGCUGAUACUGCUGCCGUUAAAGGGGGCGCGGGUGGGGAAGUAGAGGAGGAGGACGAAGAGGAGUAUGAGGAGGAGGAGGAUGAAGAAGAGGAGGGGGAAGUGGAGGAGGAAGAGGAGGCGGGAGAGGAGGAGGAAGAGGAGGAGGGAGAUGAUUUGGUGUGUGGUGAUGCAGAGGAGAUGAGGCGAGUGUGGGAGGCUGCUGCACUGGCGAGGAGGGCGAAGAGGCAAGCGCAGUGGCACUCGGAGCAGCAGAAACGGAUGGAGCAGCAGCUGCUGCAGCGGCAGCAACGAGAGCAGGCGCAGCAGCUUUGGCUGCAGCAACUGCAGCAGCAGCAGCAACAUCAGUUUCAGCACCAGCAAUGGCAGCAGCAUCAGCGGCAGCGGUGGGGAGAGGCGGAGAGUCUUAGCAGUGACGAGGAUAGCAGGGGAGAGGCGCAUGUUCCUAGAAAGACUGCUGGUGCGUUUGUUGCUGGUGCGUUUGCUGCUGGUGCUUUCAGAGUGCAGGGAGCCAAGGGUGCAGCGAUCAGAGCAAGCCAUAGAGGGGAGGAGGCAAAGGGCGGAAGAGGGGGCACUGGGGGGGCUGGUUUGGGGAGGAGUGUGCAUGUGAGAUACGAGGUGGUUGAUGUUGAUGACUCAGAUUCCAGUCACGAUGGUGAGUCAGACGCAUCUACUGCUAAGGGCAGGGCGAGUAAUCGAGAAGCUACUGCUGGCCCAUCCGCUGCUGCUGGAGACUCAGCCUCAGUGGCAGCCCUGGCAGCAGCCUCGGCGGCAGCUUCGGUGGCAGCUUCGGUGGUGUCACGGGGCACCAAGCUUGGGAAGAGGAGGAGGAGUUUCAAAUGGGGCCAGGACCCGGAUGAUGGGUUGUUCAGUUACCCGGUUGGUAGGGGUGGUGGGGGAGGGCGUGACAGCAGCGGGAGUGAGGGGAGCUUUGAGGCGCGGGUUUGCAGGGAGUCUGCAGCAGCCUGGGCGUCAGGUGAAGGGGCGUGUGGGGCAGAUGUAGCAUCACGUGGGAGAGCAGGUGCAGGUGCAGGUGCAGCAGCAGCAGCGGGUACAUGUACAGGCACAGGUGCAGGUGCAGGUGCAGGUGCAGGUGCAGGUGCAGGUGCAGGUGCAGGUGCAGGUGCAGGUGCAGGUGCAGGUGCAGGUGCAGGUGCAGGUGCAGGUGCAGGUGCAGGUGCGGGUGCGGGUGUGGGUGCGGGUGCGGAUGCGGGUGCAGCAGCAGGUACAGCGGAAGGCACAAGAGCAGGCACAACUGCACAUGGAGCAGCAGAAAGAUUAGCAGAACGAGUGGCUUCGGGAGCAGCAGGAGUAGAAGGAGCAGCAGGAGCAGGAGGAGAAGAAGGAGCAGGAGGAGCAGAAGGAGCAGCACAUGCAGCAGAAGAAGCAGCAGCAAAGGCGGCAGCAGACAGAGAGACACAAGCAAUGGCACACAAGAAGGCACGGGUGGGCGAAACAGCAGUACACAGAGCAGCAGGAGCAGCAACAAGCACAGCAGCAGGAGCAGCAGCAGCACCUGCAAGUGCAGCAUAUGCAGCAGCGGACAGGAGUGGAGUAGAAGCAGCAGCAGCGAACAGGAGUGGAGUAGAAGCAGCAGCAGCGAACAGGAGUGGAGUAGAAGCAGCAGCAGCGAUGGCUGCUGAGACAAAAGCAGCAGCAGGAGAGGCGAGGGCGGAGGAGCAGACGCAGGGGAGCAUGAGUGGAGAGCAGAGGGCGCGCGGGGAUUGUUUCGAGGAAAGUGGGGGUUUGGUGGGCGGUUGGACAGAAGGGCCUCCUGGACUAGGGCAAAGGGGGCUGGAUGCACGUAUGAGGGUGCCCAAGAGGCACCGGAAGGCUGAUGGGAUGACGGCUGAUGGGAGGGCGGCUGAUGGGAGGGCGGCUGAUGGGAGGGCGGCUGAUGGGAGGGCGGCUGAUGGGAGGGCGGCUGAUGGGAGGGCGGCUGAUGGGAGGGCGGCUGAUGGGAGGACGGCUGGAGAAAGCAGUAUGGAGGAGAAUGAGAGGGAGGAUGAAACAGGGGAGAAGGGAGAUGGCGGGGAAGGGGGACACUCGAGGGAGAAGGAAGCAGGGGAAAGGGGAGACAAAGAACAGCAAAGGGUGGUGGAAACAAGGGAAGAAGUUGGGGAGGGAGAAGUGCGAGCAGCACUGGCAGGAGCGGCAGUGGAGAUGGGGAGGGAGGCGAUGCGGCAGAGUGAGGGGUUCCAGAGUAUGGAGGACGAGGAGUGGAGGGAGCGGCAAAAGGUGCUGCAGCAGCAGGCGGGGGAGGCCCAGGCAGAGAAGAGGAGGAGACGGGCAGAGCGCACUGAACGUGAGAGGCUGGAACGGAUGGAGGCUCGGCAGCAAAAGCGCGUGGAGGAGGUUCGGCAGCAGCAGGAGCAGGUGGAGCGCGCAACGGGCCUGAAGGAGCAGCUGCGAGCAUCGGUGCACGGCGACCUCUUGAAGCGCCUGGCAGGCUGCCGAGACUUUGCCUCUGUCCUGGACAAGAUUGGGAUCAAAGUGGAUGGCAUGCCGCAGCCAACGAGUCAGCAGGUUGAAGCAGCUUUCAAAAAGGCCCUGCUUCGGUAUCACCCAGACCGGAUGGCGAGGCUCGGGGCAGGGGCGGAUGCACGGAAGCAGGUGGAGGCGGAGGAGACGUUCAAGAUGAUGCUUGAGAAGAAGAAAACGCUUCACCUUGUUGCACCACCUGCCCCUCCUGUUGCUGCUCCAAGCUACCCUGAGUAUAAUCUGCCAAAUUUUCAGAAGCCCAAGUUCGGUAGGAGGCGGUAUUACUGGUGAAUGGCCAAGGUUUGUACCUAAAUUUGUUAUCUGCUUGUGAGCGUCACUGCUCUGCUGGGAAUUGCAAAAUGCACCAGAAUUCCAGUUCACCCAAGGCUGUGUCCACUUCGAGGUUGUGUCCACAA